AUGGCCGACGUGCUGGAUUCGAAAAUGGUCCGCAUCCUAGUGUUUGGUACCGGAUGCAUCGGAACUGUGUACUCUCUAAUCCUCACCCGCGCCAGCGUGGAACUGUCCUGCAUCUGCCGAUCCAACUACACGGCAAUCAAGACCAACGGCUUUACCGUUCAGUCGGCCAUCUUCGGCAGUCAGACCUUCUAUCCUAAGAUUUAUCCAUCCGUGCAGAGCGCCGUCGACUCUGAAGAUGCGCCCUACGAUUAUAUCCUCGUUACCACUAAGGCUUUCCCUAGAGCCGCGGCUGACGACUCCGUCCCGGCUCUCAUAGCUCCGCUCGUCGCACCCUCUACGACGAUUGUCCUCAUUCAGAACGGGAUCGGGAUCGAACGUCCGUACCGGGACCGGUUCCCACACAAUGCGAUCAUUUCGUGUGUGGUCUACUUGCCCACGACGCAAAUCGCCCCGGGGAUCGUCCACCACACGGAGGUCGAGCGCUUACAACUGGGCACUUUCCCCGCUGCCGCCGUCCCAGAAUCCCAUCAUCAAGCAGCUGCAACGCUGGCCGCGCUGUUCAACGCAGGCGGCGCCACCGUCGAGCUCUACCCGGACGUUCAAAUCGCGCGGUGGAGGAAACUGAUCGGGAAUGCCUCAUGGAACCCCAUUUGCGCCCUGUCGCGGUGUCGUGACCUGCAGUUCCUGCAGGCGUCUCAGUUCGCGACGGAGAUGGUCCGCAAGGUCAUGGAGGAGGUGAUGUCGGUAGCCAUCGCGCUGGGUUAUGGAGACCAAAUCGGGCUCGCCGACGUCACCAUGCAGAUGGACCGCAGCGCGGCCAGGACAUGGCCCGGGGUGGAACCAAGCAUGCUAGCGGAUGUGAGGGCCAACAAACCAAUGGAGGUGGAUGCCGUUGUGGGAGAGCUCGUUUUGUUGGGACGAGAACAUGGGGUUUCGAUUCCGACGCUGGAGUGUUUGUAUGUUCUUAGCGCAGGGCUGAGUUGGAGUCAGAACAAUACUGUAAUUUAG